AUGAUGGACGCUGUUGGGGCGGUCGCCCGCAGGAUGCCGUCGGCGGCCCGGCGGAGCGGCUGCUGGAUAGCGGGCUGCCAGGCGCUCCUGCUCGGCGUGUCGGCGCUGGUCAUCGUGGCCGAACGGACCGCUCUGAUCUACUGUAUUGGGUUUUACCUUUGGAACGAGGAGACGCAGUGGGCCGGCCUCACUCUCGGCCUUUUUCUACCGGGAACAGCAGUUCAGCUGCUAAGUAUGAAAUGGUACUAUGAUGACGGGGACGACAGGCGGUGCUACCUCUCUGUCAUACACAUACUGCACUUGGGCAUCUUCAAAAGGUUAUGGGACUGCAUGAGGUCUGUGUUACGCAUGCGGGGCUCAGUCGCCGAGCUUGGAGCUGCUGUCAUGCAGCAGGCAGAUGUUGCUGCUCUUUGGCUGCUGGAGGCCCUCGUCCUCACGCUGCCCCAGAGCCUGCUGCAGGCAUAUGUUGUGGUGUCCACUGAUGUGGGCAUCAUGUCCCCAGUGGCCUACUGCUGUGGUCUGUGUGUGCUGUCUAUUUCCUGGGCCCUGGUGCUGUACAGCAGAGCCUGCUGUCUGAUACGACCGGGCCACCUGGCCAUGCCUCCGGCGGCCCUUCUGUGCCAGCUGGUGUGGAGGGCAGGCAUGCUGGGUGCGAGGGUGACUUGCCUCAUGUUCUUUGCCAGGGUCUUUAACUGGUGGAUCUUAGGUGUAGCAGGUUUCCACUGGCUCACAGCCUCCUUCUGGCUGGUAUCACAGCAACCAGACAUCUGCACGGGCCCCUGGUGUUGGCGUGCCUUUAACGGCAUUAUGGGGCUGGUCCACGUCUUCCUCUUCCUCAACGUCAAAGACGGACCCUCGCGCUAUCGCAUGGCCAGUUUUUAUGCAUUCAUGCUCGUAGAGAACGCCACUCUGCUACUGGCCGCCUCCGACUUCCUUAGCGAAGCAUCUUGGGACAGCAUGACCCUUCCCACCACUGUGCUGUGUAGCUUUGUCCUUGGCGCUACCUCUCUGGUCCUUUACUACAGGUUCCUCCACCCCAAGUCAACAGAGAUCUCCCAGGGUAUGAACCACAACCACAUGGGCAGCACGUGCAUAGAACGAGGGGAGUCCACCUUCUCCUUCGGGGACAAAAGCCUACCAGCUGCCUCCAUUCAGAACCACGGCAGCUUCUCCCUUUCAGGCGUGGCCGGUUCUCUGCUGGAGCACCCAGGAACCUGUGGGGGCCGCGCUAACAGCUCCUGUCCCUGCUACCACCACCACUGGCUAUUAAUACGGCUGGCUCUCAAAACAGGUGACCUUGGGAAGAUCAACAGAGCGUACGGGGCCGGCGGAGCAGCGGCCAUACUGGAUUUGGAGGAGUACAACCAAGAGUUUAAGAGUAACGAGGGCAUGACCAUCACAGCGGGAGGCAGCUGCGAAGGGGUCUCCACUUCCGAGUCUCAGGGGAAAGGCCUGGCACCUCUCUCGGACUGCAAAGACGAGUUCCAGAGUGUGAGCGAGCCCACGUCGACCGAACAACCGGAAGAAGAGGAUGACAGUCUGGAGAUGGAGAGCCCGAUGGAGUCACCCACGUCAGAUUUCAAACGGAGCUCACCAGAGGGCAAGUCAGUGUUCGGAGACAGCCCAGAGCCGUACUUCUGUCCCACAGAGUCAAGUUCAACCCUAUAUUUCAGCGCUGAUCCUCAGUCUCCCAGCAGUACCAGUAACCCCCGUUUGGACCGGGACAUAGGGGGUCUGGAACAUGGGGUGCGCCUCAAUUCAAUCCCCAGUGACCCAGCCCUUCACAGAGACAUUCGUGGGCUCAUGGGCCGGGUCGGGCAACGCUGCACUUCCACUCCUAAAUUGGACUCUGGGGUGCUGGACUCCCUGUCUAGUGUCCCUCAUCUUACAGGUCCCAGGAGGCAGCUUAUAAUGUCAAGGAGAGAGGAAGACGAUAACUUCUAGGCUUCUCAGGUCAGAAUCAGGGAAAAAGUACACCAGCUUUUUGGAAGGCUGUUUUUUCUUCUGCUCAGUGCUGGACGAUGAGAAAUCACCUCUCUAUGUCUAUAUAUUUAGAACACCGGGGGUGUACAGUAUUUGCAACAAUAUGCAAUGCUAAACUGACCUGUAUUCUUCUCAAAUCAUAAACUAUUUUUUAAAAGGCAUUGCUUUUCCUUAUUGCUGGACUCACAGAGUUGAAACCUUCAGCAAUGUUGUCAUCAGACAUCAAGAAGGUAAUUAAAUAGCCGAUUGGCCACAAAGGUGGUAUAUGGAGCUCAGUCACACUUUCUACCUGACUUAUCAUUUUCUAUUCUUUUGUUAGCACUUAACUUAAGCCUCAAGAAUUAUACUGUGCAAGAAAGUGAGUGAACACUGGUUCAGCCAGAUUGUUAUCACUUUUGAGGAAGUAGCCAUGAGUUGUAUCAAUAAACGUCAUUAGAGGUUGGCAGCUGUUUUAUGAUCUCGAACAGCUCUACAUCACAUACCGAAACUGCUGUUAUUCAUGUUAAUAAUAGCCAGCAGUUAUGCAAAUGGAGAAACUAUUCCUAGAUCUAAAGGGGACAGGAGUGUCUUUACCAUCUCAGCGUAAGCCAGAGCUUUGUUGGCUUCUUAUAAGCACAAGUAUCUUCUGUCACAUAUGUCUAUUGCUGUGAUUUUUUUUUUAAUUCCCAUAUAAAGAAACAAAUCCCCGGUCCCCUCAGAGAAUAAUAAACAGUAUUUUUUGUAUAAUCAAUCAUGUUAACUGGCAUUGCUUUGAGCAGGGCUAGUGUGUCAAUCUGGUAAAAACUGUGUUUGAUGUUUUAUCUUUAUUUACAUGUUGACCAUGUAAUUGCUAAAAUGUUGUUUGAAUUUACAUUAUGUUGGAAAAAGAUGUCUGGGGCACUGACUUUAAAAGCUUUCAAAUGUCUAAUGUGUAACAAAAUGAAAAGAUGCUAAUGAGGUACCCGUAGUGACUUUUUUGUGCUUUUGAUGCUUUUUUUUAGAGCACACAUGCAUUUUUGUUCACAACUGCUCUGUAAGAGGGAUGAAAUCCAUAAACAAAGCAUUGCAGAUGCUUGGUUUUUCUUGCACCCAG